UUCUGCUUCGAGAAAACAAAAACAUUAAGUAGCGAGUCGGCGAGUGCGUUAGACGCUUGAACACAGAGCAUUAUUCGGUUUUGAAAUAUUGCACAAAGUUGUUAAAAAUGUCUCUUUUACCACGGUAUGUAAUGCGUGAAUUAAUGCGCCCCCUGAGGCAACUGGAACAGCAAAUGAGGGUAUUUGACGACAUUUUCUAUGGCCCUCCAAGUGCAUUCAGUAGAUUUCCAAGAGUUGGUGCAGGAUUUGUGGAAGAACCAGAGCAGAUAGUCCACGACAAGGAUAAAUUUCAAGUGAAAUUAGAUGUUCAAAAUUUUGCCCCAGAAGAAAUAAAAGUGAAAUCGAUUAAUGGACGUUCUAUUGUAAUUGAAGGUAAACACGAAGAGGAACAAGCAGGAAAAGGUUUUAUUUCAAGACAUUUCGUAAGAAAAUUCGUUUUACCAGAAGGGCACGAUGUAAAGGAUGUAACAACCAAAUUGUCAUCUGAUGGUGUUUUGACUAUAGUUGCCCCUAGAAAAGGAAUUGCGGAACAAGUUCGUGAGCUGCCCAUUGACUUCACAGGACCAGAAAAAGAAAAAGAGAAAAUUGAAAAGGGUGCUGAAAAUAAAGAAAAGGCUACCUCAACUUCUUAAAUAUUUAGUAUUUCAUAAUAGACUGAUUUAUUUUGUAUUGUAGACAUGUGUACAUGUAAAAACUAGUUAGUAAGCUAUUCAUUAGUAAGUCAUUUUGUUCCUUUUUUUGUGACGAUAAAAUACAUUUUGUUACACCUGGA